AUGGACCAAAGUAGGUCACUGCAAGAAGACGCUGAAGGCGAAGAAAGCAGCAAAUAUGAACCUGGAGUGCAAUACAUUCAGGACCCUUUCAAGCGACAGACAAGUUUCAAAAAGAGAAAAGCAGGUAUAUUUAAGAAGGCGAAUGAACUUUUUAUGCUUACUGGGUCAGAGGUUAUGGUCAUUGUCGUCUCUGAGACUGGAUUAGUGCAUACAUAUUCCUCGCCGAAGCUAGAAGACGUAGUGAAGUCACCGGAAGGGCAGAAAGUGAUAUCUCAAAGUCUGAAGGGGAUGAAUGAAGAUGCUCAUGAAGAAAGUAAAUUUGAUUCUGAAAAUGACCAAGAGUCCACCCCGGUCAUUCGUUCAGACCCAGACUUGCCAAAGGAGAAACCCUCCAACUUGAACUUUGGUUUGGAUGGAAAUGGCGAAGAUUCAUCUGGAUAUCCCAUUGAAAAUACUGAUCAGUUUUUCAUGUCUUUUUCCCCUCAUCAUGAACAAGAAGAUAAAGAGCCCACCGUGAAUCCUUCAAAGCCGCUGCCGUAUAAUCACAAUACGUAUGGCUUCCCUCUGGAAAAGAAAACUCCAUCGAAAGGUCAAGAAGGAUACUCGAUUCCAGGUGAAGAAACGGAUGAUUCAAUGGGAUUCUCUCCUGGCGAUUUACAAGAAUUUUCAAAUCAAUUAUCCGGUUUGUUUCAUGAAGACGAACAACAUGGAAAUAAUCAUUAUUCAAUGCAGCGAGCAGAUUCGUUUUCACUUCCAGUUGCUUCGGGCUCUUCAUCCGCCCAAAAGAAGCGUCGCCGAAAAUCGGAAACGAAACCGAGAACGAACUCUAAAAGCAUGCCCAUGCAUAUUACGCCAGAGAAGACUGAUUCAGAUCCAAUUUCACAUAAACAAAAUGAACAACUGCAGCGUCAAAGACCACCUCUCAUUCCUCUUAGUCGAUUGCCUAGCCUUGCUCCUCUUUUCACGGAAGCUCCUCGUACAGAUGAUAUGAGGUUUAUGAACCAGAAUUAUCCGAUACCUCCAACGAUGUCUUAUCCAAGACCUAAUUAUGCUCAAGAAACUCCUGCACCAUCCUACUAUCAAGCGCCGUAUGAUUACUCUUUCCCAAUAGAGCCUUACGACGAAGGGUAUCAACGGUCAGAACCCACCGACUUUAAUUAUAUGCCUAUCUAG